AUGGGGAAAAACUUCGUCACGGAAAAUAGGGCAGACCAUAUAAUUUGGCGAAAAGACUUCCAAGUAUUUACGGACAAGGCUGCUGCCAUUAACCUCGAUGAUGGUAUCGACAGUCAGCUUACUGACAUGCUCUUGAAGUGGCACCAACCCGGGCAGAAAUUGGCUGUUGGAAAGCCUGAAUAUAAAACGAUCAUUGAAGCAAGAUUGGGAAUACCCUGCCUGUUUGACGAACCUGUGCUGGACGUGAUGCGCGGCCUGAAUUAUCUCAUGCAUAGUUUUUUCCCCGAAGAGAAGUCAAAGCAAGCUGAGGGGGAGUGUCUUCGGACGAGUCGAGGGCUGAAAAUGCUUGUAGAUCGAUAUGGCUUCGAUGAUGUCAAACUCGACAAUGUUAACGAGUGCAUUAUCGAGACGGCAUGCAUGCUGAAUGAUUGUGAUAAAUGUUUGAAGGCAAUUGGUGAGAGCUGGCGCGGUGCCAGUGCCUUCCUCCAGGUGGUAUCGUCCAUAAAUUCCCAGGAUUGGGACACGCUGAAAAUGGCAACGGCUCUGAAGAUGGUGUGUUUCCCAGAAGAGAAGAUUGUAUUUGGCGAUCCGCACGAGAUGUUUUCAGCGGAUGAACUGUCGACGUUGGUGGCUGAUGCGCGUAAAUAUGAAGAUUGUGGGAUCAUGAAGAAAACUGUUGGGAGCUUCUAUAAUAGAACUGUGUUUAUGUAUCAAUCUAGGGCUAAGAGUCAAAGACGACUGUCAAGGAGGCUGAAGAGGCAUAUGAAGAAGCUCAGCGAGAAGUGA